CUCCAUCAUUUUCCUUCCAAUCAAACGAACAGAAAAAAAAAAAAAAAAAGCCAACAACACAAAAUGGAGAUCAAGCUAAUCACCAGAACCCAUUUUCCUUCUUUCUUCAUGAUCAUGACUCUCCUCGCCUUAAACUUGCUCAUACCUAUUGUUAUGUCCACCAGCUUUGAAGAUCAGAAGAAUUAUUACAGUCCAGACCCACACUCUGGAAAUCCCCCAAAAGGAGGACAUGGUUCUCCUCACCACUCAACUCCAUCACAUGGGACUCCUUCCCACGGAGGUGGAAGCUACAACCCGACACCGUCGACACCGACGCCAUCGGUUCCGACGCCGGUAGUCCCAACACCUUCAGACCCAACACCUUCAGAGCCAACACCUUCAGUUCCAAACUGUGGAUCACCACCUCAUGGUGGUGGAUACUAUCACUCCCCUCCAUCCACAACUCCAACAACACCUGCUGUUCCAACACCCAUUGACCCAACCCCUCCUACACCUGUCAACACUUCCCCACCCACCACCCCUUCCUACUCUCCCCCACCCAGUGGUGGAUCUCCUCCUUAUGUUCCUGAUCCCAACACCCCUUCCUACUCUCCCCCAUCCAUUGGUGGAUCUCCUCCUUCUGUUCCUGAUCCCAACACCCCUCCCUUUACAUGCAAUUACUGGAGGAAUCACCCAGGAAUGAUAUGGGGACUAGUAGGGUGGUGGGGAACAUUAGGACAUGCAUUCGGAGUGACGAGCGUUCCAGGUUUCGGAUCCGACUUCAACUUGCACCAAGCUCUUUCCAACACUCGUACAGACGGCCUUGGACAGCUCUACAGGGAAGGAACUGCUUCGUUGCUCAACUCCAUGGUUUACAACAAGUUCCCUUUCACCACCAAGCAGGUCAGAGACAGUUUCAUCUCUGCACUCGGUUCCAACAACGCUGCUGCUGCUCAAGCUCGCUUUUUCAAGCUUGCCAAUGAAGGAAGACUCAAGCCCAGAGCCUGAGUGUUUCAUUUAGCUUUUAUAUAAAUGUGUUUAAUUUUAAGGUUUAAGAGUACUAGUACUAGUGCUACUACUUCCCCAGCUCUCUGUGUGUGUGCUUUUUCUUCUUUUACUUUCAUUGAAUACUUUUAUUAGUUAUAAUUGGUCAUGUGAUGAUUGUGUUUAAUUUUCUUUUGGUAGACCAUGUUGGUGAUUUGACAGCAUUAUUAAGAUGAGAUGGGGUGGGAUACUAUAUGUUGACAUUUUAUUCCAUGAAGUACUUUUUAGUGUUUUCAUUAGUUAAUAAUUUUUCUUCCCUUAGUUUUUAUUUAAAUUAUAAUAUAAAUAUCAAUUAUUCAAAGUUU